CGCCGUGAGGGUCUGUCAUUCAACAAAACACACACUCCUGAUGAGAGGGCUCGCUUUCGGGAUCAUAUCUGAGUGAGCGCUAAACACUCCCUAGGUUAAGUGACAGCCCUGCUGAUGUGAGUUUAGUGUCAGAGGUGAAAAAGCAGAGGGUCAUCCGCACGCAAACACAAACACUUCUCUCGCGACCGAACGAUGACCGCUAAAACUUUGGAGAAAAGCCCUGUCACUCUCGGCGGCUUCGUGCACCCUCUGUCCGAGGGUAUCUACUCACUGGACGAGACCACACCGCUGCCAGCCUCGGUGGCAAUUUUUCCAAACAGUGAUCUAGGUGGACAUUACGACCAGAUAAAUGGAAUUUCAGCAGAUGGCUUGGUUAGCGGGGAUAUGAGCGCGGAGAAGCGCGCCGUCGACCUGCCCUACCCCAGCAGCUUCGCGCAGCCGGCUGGUCCUCGCAGUCAAACGUUUACCUACAUGGGCAAGUUCUCUAUCGACUCCCAGUAUCCGGGCAACUGGAACCCAGAGGGCGUGAUCAACAUCGUGAGCGCGGGCAUCCUGGGCAUGACCCAGGCCUCAUCAGCGUCCUCUUCACCGUCCUCCUCUUCCUCGGUGUCUCCGGCUCACUUCUCCAGCACGCUCAGCUGCACGGUGGCUCAGGGCCAGACGGACAUGGAGCAGCAGCACAUCUAUUCCCCUCCUCCGCCCUAUUCGGGCUGCGCGGAGGUCUACCAGGAUCCGUCCGCUUUUCUCUCCACUUCCACAUGCCCCAUCUCAUCGUACCCACCGCCGGCCUACUCCUCCCCUAAACCGAGUGCUGAUGCCGGCCUCUUCCCUAUUAUCCCGGACUACACCGGCUUUUUCCAGCCCCCGUGCCAGCGGGACGUGCAGUCCAUCCCCGAGCGCAAACCUUUUGCUUGCCCUCUCGAGCCUUUCCGUGUGCCGCCGCCCCUUACGCCGCUCAACACAAUUAGGAAUUUCACGUUGGCUGCCCCGGUGGCCGAGGGAGCGCGUUUACCCGCCGCGUACAGCCCGCAGAACCUGCCACUAAGGCCCAUCCUGCGCCCGCGGAAAUACCCGAACAGGCCCAGCAAAACGCCCGUGCACGAGCGCCCGUAUCCAUGCCCGGCUGAGGGCUGCGACCGGCGAUUCUCGCGCUCUGACGAGCUCACCAGACACAUCCGCAUCCACACGGGCCACAAGCCAUUCCAGUGUCGCAUCUGCAUGCGGAACUUCAGCCGCAGCGACCAUCUGACCACACACAUUCGCACGCACACCGGAGAGAAGCCGUUCGCCUGCGACUACUGCGGCCGCAAAUUCGCGCGCAGUGACGAACGAAAGAGGCACACCAAGAUCCACCUGAGGCAGAAGGACAGGAAAGCCACGGCGUCCUCAUCGUCCUCUUCCUCCUCAGUUCCAACCGGUGGCUCAAACUCUACGUCCGGAAUCAGCCAAUGAGGCUCGGCGGCGCGCAACCGAGACUAGGAAACGGUCGCGAUGGUAACCGAGCACGCGCUGCCAAAUCCUCAGCACCGAACAGUGUUUACUUUGCAGGUGCACAUGGACCGGGGUAACAGUUCAGGUGUUCAACAAUUAAAAAGCAAAAAACAAGGGAAAUGACCUGAAACCACUUUGGAUGAGGGACACUAGCAGUGCGCGUCCUCGUAUGGCACAUUUUUUCAUGACUUUCUCAGUCACAUGUUGACUGACCAAACGCACUUUCUUUGUAUAUUUAGGUUAAAUAAUUUAAUGGAAUAACCUUAAACAGCAUGUGGGAGUGUACGUAUUCUACUGACAGUGUGAGAUGUCCGUGUUGGCCAGAUGAGAGAGAGUGCAAUAAGUUGGAACUGUUAAUCUAAUGUGUGAGAUGAAUCUAACUCUCUCUCUCUCUCUUUUUUUUCCCUGUUUAUUGUGCCUUCGUCCGUUCUUUUAUUGUACAUAACUGCAUAUGUGCGGAGGCAAUUAAACAGUGUACAGUGGAUUCUUUAAUUUUUUUUUUUUGAAAAAAAUCUCUAUUUUUGUACCAUUUUUCGUUUGGUGUUGAAUUGUUUCAUUGUGGCUAAAAAAGUAAAUGUACAUAAUAGAUCUCAUUGUUUUGUGAACGUCAAAUAUAAUUGGAAUGAAAUAACUAACGCAGGUUAGUAACUUUCU